GUCCCAGAGCUGCAUUGCGUCAAAGAAUUUCCUGGCGCGGGAGCAACAGAGCGAGACACCAACCCCAUCCAUCACAUCACAAUGCCUCACAAACCGCCAACACAAGAAGAGCUCGAGCGACGAAAUACCGUCGGGAUCCACGAAGAAACUAUCACCAAUGUGACAUCCACCGACUUCCCCUUGUCCUAUCCCGGCGAGGACCACUCCUGGGACAUCGAGGCCUUCAAGCGCAACUUUCGUGUCGAGUUCCACCAGAAUGACCCGUUCGAAGCCUCCUUCUCCCUCAUCGGAUGUGACGCGUCCAUCGCCAACGCCUUCCGCCGCAUCAUGAUCGCCGACAUCCCGACGCUCGCCAUCGAGACCGUCUUCAUCAACAACAACACGUCGGUCAUCCAAGACGAAGUGCUCAGUCACAGGCUAGGCCUGAUUCCCUUCCGCGGAGGCAAGGAAGGGCUGCACAAGUUCCUCAAGUGGUGGCGCAAGCCGGCGGACGAGUCGCAGAUCAACAACAGCUACUACGACUUCAACACGGUGUCGCUGCGGCUGGAGGUCAAGUGCGAGUACAACGAAGCGGCGGCGCCGGGCGAGACGGACCCGACCAAGCUGUACAAGCACGCGCACGUGUACGCGCGCGACAUCGAGUUCUGCCCCGUCGGGCGGCAGGAGAAGUACUUCUCCGGCGCCGACGCCAUCGCGCCCGUCAACCCGGACAUCCUGAUCGCCAAGCUGCGCCCGGGCCAGGAGAUCAGCCUGUCCAUGCACAUGCACAAGGGCGUCGGCUCCGACCACGCCAAGUUCUCGCCCGUCGCCACCGCCUCGUACCGCCUGCUGCCCAUCAUCAAGAUCGAGCGGCCCAUCCUGGGCCGCGACGCCGAGAAGUUCGCCCGCUGCUUCCCGCCGGGCGUGAUCGGGCUGGAGAAGGUGACCAAGAAGGAGGCGGCGCAGAAGGGCAGCGGGUACGAGGGCCACGAGGGCGAGCUGAAGGCCGUCGUGGUCGAUCCCAUGCGGGACACCGUCAGCAGGGAGUGCCUCCGGCAUCCCGAAUUCCAGGGCAAGGUCAAGCUCGGCCGGAAAAAGGACCAUUUCAUCUUCCUGGUCGAGAGCACCGGGCAGUGGGAGAGCGACGCCAUCUUCAUGGAGGCCGUCGCCCACCUGAAGAAGAAGGCGCGUGACCUUGAGAAGCAAGUGCAGAACAUGGUCAGAUAGGCUGGAGAGAGAAAGGGUGCCUGGCGGGCAAUGGCGGUUUGUUGCAUUUUUUCGAUGUGUCAUACAGCAUCACAUGGGAACGGCGUACACGGCGGUUAUCAUAAAAGGGGGGUCUCCGGCCACUGGGUCAUUUCGAGCUUCAUGUAGACAUUUCUGUGGCGUUUAUUUUGACGGGAAAUAAUCCUUGCUUGACAUAGCCACCGUUUGUCUGAAUUUCUUUUCUCUACGCUGCGU